CAUUUUCAAUCGGAGGCACAAAUUAAUCUAUUCACUUUGAGGGGUGCCUUUUGACAAGUCACACCAUGCAGAAGUUGUUGGUCUUUGCCUUAACCUUGGCCGUAGCAUUGGCCUACCGUCCCUUGAGACCCCAAGUCCACAAGCAGAUUCCAGCUCAAGGGGAUGUGGGGGAGCCGUUGUUUUUGACCCCGUAUAUCCAAAAUGGAGAUAUCAUCACUGCUCAGGAUUUGGCCCGUGUGACGGAUCCUCUACCUGGCACUGAAUCCACCCCCAUGGAGAGCUAUGCUGGCUUUAUUACCGUGGAUGAAGCCCAGGAUAGUCAUACGUUCUUCUGGUUCUUCCCCGCUCAAGAAGUUGAUCCUGCUGAAGCUCCUGUGGUGAUUUGGCUCCAAGGUGGUCCUGGAAGUUCCUCCUUGUUUGGUAUGCUUGAGCUCCAUGGUCCCAUCAUUGCCAGAUUUGAUGAGAAUGGAGACACUGUCGGAACCUUGAACGAGUACUCUUGGGCAAACAAGGCCAACAUGCUCUACAUUGACAAUCCUGUGGGCUCUGGAUACAGUUUUACAUCGACCGACGGGCUUCCAACCAGCCAAGAAGACGUGGCCAUUGAUUUGUACGAAUUCUUGAUUCAAUGGUACACCAUGUUCCCGGAAUACCAACCCAAUGAGUUCUACGCUUUCGGAGAGUCCUAUGGCGGCAAGUGGGUUCCCACCAUUGCCAAGAAGAUCCAUGACGAGAAUCCCACUGCCGACUUGAAGAUCAAUUUGGCUGGCAUUGGCAUUGGUGAUGGUUUCAUGUCACCACCUGAAACUGCCGUGUAUGGAGAUUACCUCUACCAGGUUGGUUUGGUUGAUGAGAAAUUGAGGGACGAACUUUUGGACGAGGAGCAAAAUAUGAAGAAUCAUGCCGCCAAUGGAGAGUGGCUCCAGGCUUGGAGCUCAUGGAACAAGGAGUUUGACAUGUUCCUGAGUGCCAUGGGAUGCCCCUAUUAUUACGAAAUCACACACUGCAAUACUGAUCCUGAGGAAGACAAUUAUGAGGAGUAUGCCCAAAGCGACAUCGUUCGUAAAGCUAUCCAUGCUGGAGAUCGACCUUUUGGAUCGCAAUCUGGAGCUGUCUACAACUCCAUGUUGGACGACUUUAUGCGACCCGAACGGGAAAACAUUGAGUUCCUCUUGAACAAUUACAAGGUCCUGAUCUAUGACGGCAACUUUGAUAUCAUUUGCAACCACAGUGGUGUUCUGGACAUGUUUGCUGCUAUGACGACUUGGACAGGCAUUGACAAGUACUACAACACGGAUCGAUCUGUGUUCGAGGACCGAAAUGGUGAUGUGGUGGGAUAUCUCAAGGUUGUUGACAAUCUCCGGAUGUUCGUGAUGAGAAAUGCUGGUCAUAUGGUGCCCUUGAGCCAACCUUUGGCUGCUCAAGAUAUGUUUGAACAGUUUUUGGAUGGUUCCAUGUAGAGGAGAUUGAAUAAAUAUUUGCUCAGCUUUGAA